UACCACAGCCAAUCAGAACCCAGGACUCUGCUCUUUGGACUAGAGGCUGCCCCUGAAAGCAGAUCACCACCUCUCCCCUCUUCAGAGCUUCUCGGAGCUUCUACUCCUAGUCAAGUCUAAACCACAAGACACUUCCUGCUCCAGACUUUUUAAGCGACCAGGGCUUUUGAGAUGGCUCAGGCACCAACAGUCAUCGUGACUCAACCUGGAUUUGUUCGUGCUCCCCAAAAUUCCAACUGGCAGACAAGCCUGUGUGAUUGCUUCAACGACUGCGGAGUCUGCCUCUGUGGGACGUUUUGCUUUACAUGUCUUGGGUGUCAAGUGGCAGCCGACAUGAAUGAAUGCUGUUUGUGUGGGACAACAGUGGCAAUGAGGACUCUCUACAGAACCCGAUAUGGCAUUCCUGGGUCUCUUUGUGAUGACUAUGUGACCACCAUCUUCUGUCCUGUUUGCUCUGUGUGCCAAAUCAAGAGAGACAUUAACCGGAGGAGAGCCAUGAAUGCUUUCUAAGGCGCUGGAUGGUGAGAGCUCUCGCUGAAGCAGCUGAACACAGACCCCAGCUCUCCCAGCUCUGAGUCUCUCCAAAUCUCUAGCAACUGAGAUGCGAUGGGUGACAAGAUAAUUACAUGGCAUUUUAGAAAUCCGACUUCUUGAUUUAUUUUAAAUGGAUAUUGUUCUUUGACUUGGUUUCUCCUUGCUCCCUUAUCAGCAAAUAUUCCAUCUUAUACUUUUUUUUUUACACUUUAAACACAAACGAAAUAAAAGAUUUUACUAAGAGGA